GUGGCGUAGGACGGUUCACGUCGCUCGCGCGUCGGUGUCGUAAGAGUAAAAUCAUUCCAUAACACUGAUACUGUCUCGAAGAUACCGGAAGUUAAUUUCGGCUAUACAGCCGACUCUGUGGAAACAAUACAUUGUUGAUAAUGCGAGAGAUUGUGUAUUUCAAUUAAAUUAGUGGUGAAUUAAACACGGAGACACGAGGAAUAGAUUGUGCGUACUUGUGGAAAUUUAUGACCAAACUUUGGGGAUACAGCAUUAAUUUAAUCUGGAUGAUGAAAUGCCUUUAGGGGUAUCAGCCACGCCUAUUAUUCGUCGGAUGAUCAGCACAGCAAAGUUCUGAAAGUUCACCCCCCAUUCGAAAAUUGCUACAACCCCAGGGGAAAGAAUGAUCAGCAGAGCACAGUUCUGACAAUUCACCCCUCAUUCGAAAAUUCCUACAACCGCAGAGGGGAAGGACUGGAAUACCUUGUGUCAAAAUACAUCUGGCGAGUGAUACUGCAGAAAUGAUUUAGGACGUUCACGGCACAAUAUCUCUAUUAUAUUCGAAGAACGAACUUUCCAGUUGAGGUGUUGUCAUUCCAAGAUUGUUUCCUCCACCGCAGUUCGAUUAAAGGCUACCGAAGUCACCCAACAAAAUUCCAUCAUCUAUGGUUAUCAUAAUUACAUUAUUAUCUUCCCACCAUGAAAAAGGAGAGAAAAACGUCAAUGGCGGCCCAACUUAGGUAUGUUUUGGUGACGUCGACCGUCUACACCUGUAUAAUCAGCACGGCUGGCAUGACGACAGAAGAAUUUAAGACAUAUAGCUACAACUCUUCGUGCUUAGAGAAAUGUUAUUGCGACAUUAUUCGGUCCAGCCACCUUCACAGGGAGCUAAAAACCAUCAACUGCUCCUUUGCGGACAUGAAGAAUUUUCCAGAAACAUUGCCCAAAGACCUGCAAGCGCUAAAUCUUAGAGGGAACUCCAUUUUUAAUGUCCUUGACAGCAUUUCUCAACUAAAUGAGCUCCAGGAACUGGACCUGUCUGGAAACAGAAUCAAAUCUUUUGGUCGAGGCGAAAUGUUCCAGAAUAUGUCACGCUUGAGUUACCUGAAUAUUGGUAAGAAUUCUGUGUCCACCAUCUUCCAUGAUAAUCUGAGAGGUCCAAAAGCUCUGACACAUCUGAUUCUGUCUAACAAUAAGAUCAACUACAUUGAAGACGAGGCUCUGAUUGACCUGUUCAAUUUACAGAUACUUGAUCUGGAGCACAACCUCCUUGGAUCAUUGUAUGAGGAAUGGUUCCAUGGGCUUGGAAAUUUAGUUGCCCUCAAUCUUGCACACAAUCGAAUCCACAACAUCCCAUCAUCAGUUUUCCGUGCUCUAGUUUCCUUGCAAAGACUUCAUUUGUCAGGGAACAGGAUUUCUAUAGUUGAUCCAAGAGCCUUUUCAGGUCUUGUAAGCCUGCAAGUACUGAAGAUGGAGGAUAACCUCCUUUCAAGGGUGCCAACAACUGCUUUUCAGAGCUUACCAUUACUAGAGACUUUAACACUGGACCAAAAUCCCCUGACAAAACUGAAGCCAUUAGACUUUUCCCAUCUGAGCGUUACCAGAAUCAGUCUAAGCCAGAUGCCAGAGCUUGUAAUCAUUGAUGCCAAAGCCUUCUACAGUUUAGACAAUAUUACUUACAUCCAAAUAACAGAAAAUAAGAAGCUCACCUACAUUGAUCCUCGGGCUUUUAAAGAUGUCGAUUCUCUACUAGAACUUCAACUUCACAAGAACAACAUACAAGGUUUGCAAAAGGAAAUGCUCCAGUUUCUACCAGAAGGGACGCAGAUGUCACUAUACGAUAACCCUUUUCGAUGUGACUGUAACAUUCGCUGGAUACAUAACCUGAUUUCAGAAAAAGAUGGCGCUAAUCUAACAAUUAUUGAGCCUGAACAUUUGGUUUGUGAAACUCCUCCUCAACUCAAACACAAGCUGCUAAAGGAUUUAGAUAUCAAUAAAAUUCCAAAAGUAUGUGCUCCCAAUGUACUUAACCUAACGAGAACACAGACAAUCAUGGGAAAAGUAGGAGAAAAGAAAAUUCUGGAAUGUAGAGCUCUUGGGUCUCCUAUUCCAAACCUAUACUGGAAGUUGCCAGAUGGAACGUAUGUCAAUUCAACUCUCAAUGAAGUAAGGCGAAGGUUCUUUUCACCAGGAACUCUAAUCUACUACCAUUUACAGCCAACGGAUGGUGGAAAGUACACUUGCUAUGCCUACAACUCUGCUGGCAAAAGCAACUUUUCUAUUGCCCUUAAUGUGACUGGAAUUGAUAUACAUCUAUUCCCAAUACGCGUCUCAUCUACCUUUGUUACUCUAGUUUGGAAUGGCACAGAGCGCCGUGCUUUCCCCACCUAUAAGAUCACGGUUACUGAGGUUGAUGCUAAUGGUACAGAAAUUGAGAAGCUGGAUACCAGAACAGCGAGUUCCCUCAGGAAAAGAUUUACCAUCAGCCGCUUACAGCCUGAGACGCACUACAAGUUCUGCCUGGGCUACGAAGACAACAGUGGCUACUGGCUUCUGAUUUCCUGUUGCUACACAAACACUCAGGAUAUCGAAUUCAUGUUACAAGGUAUUUCAAGGACUUCAAACGUUGCGGUGGCUGCUGUGGUUGGCAUAAUACUAGUGAUGACAGUAGUGGUAUGUCUAGUGUCAGUAUUAUCCAGAAAAUACCGCCACAGGAUGUACGAGACGCCUGACAAAAGUGCCGACGGAUCCAUCAUUCCUUUGGACAAUCUGUAUAGACCACUUUUGAUGGGGUCAUGACAUACCAGAGGGGGCGAAGGCCUCAGCGCUCCCUCAAUCCUUCGUCGUCCUCCUUGUUGCUCACCCAACCCGUCCUCUCCAGGGCCUCGAACACCACCCUUACGCCCACGUCACAGCAAUGCCUCUUCAUACAACAGUCCCAGAACAACACCUAUCCUACAUCGACGUCAGGGCAGCUAUGAAGAUGCUUCUUACGUGACCUCUUCUAGGUUGGAGAGUCCAAGGUCUGGAACGGCCAGGCUGCUGGACCAGGCCAUUGAGUCCCCGAGUGAAGUGUUGCCUUACACAGCCGACGUGGAGACCAUGCCCAUCAUCCAGGAGACGCAGCUCUCCUCCGGAUAACUGUUCAUGCCCGCUACCUUCAUUGUCUAGCUGGGCAUCUAAGUGUCUGGCUUCACUGGAGGCCAUUUCAGAGACUGUCCUACUUAUCUUUAAGUGGCUUACCAGCAAGUGGCCCUGAGUGACCUUUUUUAUAUCAGUAAUAACCCUAUGGAAUACUUGAUGUGCUACAACCUUUUUUGCUCUUUACAAGAGCGAUACCGAAAACACAAUUUAGCUUUUAAUGGUGAAUGUAAAAUAUAUUUUAUCAACUGUGAUUGCGUGAUAAACUGUAGUUUGAGAAGACUGUACAUUUAACGCAAAGGCAUAAUAUUUAAACAUAUAGAAUCUGAUUUGUUGGUAUCACUCUGCGCGCAUUUCCAUUUGCCAUUGUGAUAGAUGAUCGCAUGAAGUUUUGAAAUUGCUCUCGAGUUAAUGAAAAAACUGAAAAAUUACAAUGUCAGUGACAACAAAGAAAAAUAAAUAUAAUACGGGAAAAAUCAAUAUACAUUAAAGUCACUGACUUCAUAACAAAGUCAUACGAAUCUGGUAUACAUGUCAAGGAAUUAUUUCUUCAGUAUUUGCCGGGAAUGAUGAAUUACUACCGAACCUUUAUUUUUUGGGAAGAAUACAAUUUACAUUUAUAUAAAAAUUUAUUGAAAAGAUGCUUUUGUUAUUAAUUGUAUUAACUUAUUUAAUUUUUGUAUAUCAAUUGACUUGCUAUAUUAAUAUUUGAAGUAGGACAGUGAAAGAUCAAUUAAUAAGAAAAAGUAAGUAGCAAAAAUAAGUGUGUAUGUGUGUGUGCUUGGGAAAUAAAGACAAAAGAUGCAGAUGAGAAAACUCUAUAAAUUUUAAUUCAUAAAAGCAUGGAAGUGAGAGAGAAAUGCCACGAGAGAAGAUUGUUAAAAAACAUCUGUUUGCAAAGUAUCAUAACUGUAAGUCCCCUGAACAGAUACAACAUGCUAUUCAGAAUGAAACAGUAUACAAAUCAGACAUUAAAUGCAUUCAAGAAUAAUAGUUUGUUAGUCAUAUCUGGUAACUCCCUGUGUAGUUUUGUGAAAAAUCACAGAUCAAAUCAAAUAACAUUGAUUCAUGAAAUUUCUGAUUUCGAAUCACCUCUGUUUUGUGUCAAGACACUAGAUAGGCAAAUCAGAGAUGGCAAACCUCCUUAAAGACAAUUUGCAUAGUUAAAAUAAUACUCUUCGUCUUUUUAAGUUUUUUUUUUUAUCAACAGGAAGUACUUUUUUUUCCAGCAGCAAGAAGUUUACGUUUCCUACCAGUCGACAAUAUAAACAAUGAGCAAAUAAUCCCAUAUUUACUCCAUAAUCUAAUCAACUGUGGUCUGGAAAAUAGUGAAUCAUUACAAAUACUCAUAAGUGGUAGAUGACCUGACAGACUAAAUCACCACACUUGUGGACGAUUUAGAAAUACCUAAGAGUUAAUUCUUAUUUCAAGUACCUGAAUUUGAAAAAAAUACAAUAUGGAACCGUACAAAAACAAAUUAGCAUCUGUUGUCAGUGCAUCCUUUUAUGUGUAAGUUUUACAUACACCUUUUCAGGUUUCAGUGAAGACAGGAAUAUCUUGAAAAGGCAACGCUGGACAACGUAUUUAUUCAUUUGAAAACUCAAACAGCCCAUAUAAGGUGAACUGGAAAAACUCCCCCUCUAAAAACGCUGAAUAGGAAACACUUUCUGACAAAACCAGGAUAUACUGGCAAAACUGUGAGCGUGUGUGCAUGCAAGUUUUUAUAUGUCUUUAACACCAUUUAGAUUUCCCGUGCUCUGUAAAAAAACAAAAGAAAAUCUUCCCACUUUUGCAUCAACCACCCCAGCAAAUUCCUUAAGAGUUGCCAUCUUCAAAUGGCUCCGUUUUCCACCUUGUCAAACUUGUAAAAACGUGUUAAAGAGUUACUGAGAGUCCAGUGAGACAAUGAAACUUUGUAUACACCAUUUCUACACACGAAAAGUCGAUCUUAUACAAUAUUGAAUCUUUUAUGGCUGAAUAUGUCUGUUCAAUCGUCCAGCUUUAUCUUAAUGUAACUUAUAUACAUGUACUGCUGCUGCUGCAUCGCAGGCAGAGCUAAAUAAUAAAGAUAUGUACCUCAUAUUGCCAUUAUACGGUGUUCUUUUAUAAAAUAAAAUUGAAAUGUAAUAUAA